AUGAGCAGGGAAGAGGAUGCCAAGGUACCACUGCUUAGUUCACCUCGACUAGAGAAUGGGAGUUCUUCUGAUUCUUAUGCUUAUUACGAUGCUGCUAAAACAUCUGAAGAGGUUAAUGGGGUGCCAGAUUUGGGUAAUGAAGUGCCACAAGGGAGGCACCUUGGAUUGUUCUCGAUGAUCGUGAUGUUUGUUUCCAGGACCGUUGGGUCAGGAAUUUUUGCCACUCCAAGUUCAAUGUUCAUCAAUUGCGGAGGGAAUCCUCUACUAUUCUUUAUUAUCUGGUUUAUUGCUACUUUGGCUGCAUUUUCAGGACUCUAUUUGUUUCUUGAAUUUGGCUGCCUAUUACCUAGAUCAGGGGGGGCCAAAAACUUCUUGGAAGCAGUUUAUGACAGACCAAAAUUGAUGAUGAGUGUAAGCUUAGCUGCAUUUUCAGUGCUAACCUGUUUUUCAGUCUCUGGGGCAAUCGUAUUUGGCAAAUACACGCUUUAUGCACUGGGAUUCGAUGAAGAGUACGUUAAUGUCAAGUCUAGAAUGUGUAACUACAUUGGUGCGGUAUCAGUAAUGAUUAUUGUGGUGAUUCAUGGGGUUUCUGUCAAGCAUGGGAUAAUUGUGCAGAACUUUUUGGGCGGAUUGAAGUUACUUUUGGUUGCUGUGAUGUCCAUUACAGGUAUUUAUGCAAUUUUCUUUAAUGAUCCAGAUGCAGUGAAUGGUACUGGGGGCACUACCGAUUUUUUCUCAUGGCAUUCUCAAGAUACUUCACUGAUAACCAGUUCUUCUUUAACGGCUGCAUUUAUGCAGGCAUUUUUCUGUUUCUCUGGAUGGGACGGCGUGCACGCCGUUGCUUCGGAAAUUAUGGAUCCGGUCAGGACAAUGAGAAUUGCAGGCCCACUCUCAUUACUUAUAUCAUUUGCAUGUUAUAUGCUUCUCAAUUUUGCAUAUAUUAAAGUGCUAUCGUGGGAUGAAAUAAAACAUGCAGGACCAUUAAUAGGUUCGGUUUUGUUUUCUAAGCUCUAUGGGAAGACUGUUGGGAGGCAGCUCGUAACUCUUUCUGUGGCUGUAUCAACAGCAUCGAAUUUAUUUGUGGUAAUCUAUAGCACAUCAAGGAUGAAUCAGGAAUUUUUCAGAGAAGGUUACUUACCAUUUAGUAAAAAAAUGGCAAGUAACUGGCCAUGGGGUGCUCCUUUCCCAUCUUUGUUGUGUUGUGGAGUGAUCACCUCUUUAUGGCUAAUUAUGUUGCCUCAGAGCGGCAAAGCAUAUGAUUAUUUGGUUAAUUUUGAAGGAUAUCAUAAACAAUUCUUCCUAAUGUUAAUUGCAAUCGGUCUCUUCAUUUAUAGAAGAAGGCACCCCGAUACUAGGGCGGAAAUAAGAGCAUCUCUUGUUGGCGUUGGAUUUAUUAUAUUUAUUUCUGCGUACUUAAUGGCAGGUCCAUUUUUUGGUGAUCAAUCGAUCAACAAAGUAGCAUGGUUACCCCCUUAUCAAAUUACUGCAAUUUUAACGCUUAUACUAUCGUUUAUUUUCUGGCUAUUAAAAUUCGUCAUUAUACCACGUAUUUUUGGCUAUCAAUUACAAGCUUCUCUUAUAACCCUCGAUGACGGGCUAGCUAUCAAGCAAUGGAAGCGUCAGUAUACUGACCAUACUUUAGAUCAAUAA